CUCUGCUUCUGCAUCGUCUGCUUCAUCACCAUUGAAGGCACCUGCUGCACCAACCGCCGCUCUUCGUAGUUCUUGCAUUUGAUUUUGACGGAGACUCUUAGAUGUCGCUCUCGCUGACGAGGCUCGUGGUUCCGUUUCUGCUUUUGGGUCUGUGUCUGGAUCUGUGCGUAGAAACCGGAUUCUCUCAGUCAACGCCGGCGCGUGAGGAUCACGUGCAUCAUCACGGAGGUGGGUGUAGUCAUUCGCAUGAUCACGAUCACGAUCAUCAUCAUGUGAAGACGGAGCCGGUAAAGAUGAAGUUGCCGGAGGAGCUUGCCGAGGAAGAGGACAUGAGGCUGUGUGGGUUUGGUCCUUGUCUUCAUCAUGGUCACGAUCACGAUCACGAAUCCAGUUCUAGUCUCUCUGGAUUUGCACUGUGGAUUAAUGCAUUGGGAUGCUCUCUUUUGGUUAGCUUGGCUUCACUCAUCUGUUUGGUUUUGCUGCCAGUUAUGUUUGUGAAAGGGAAGCCAUCAAAAUGGUUUGUUGAUGCGCUGGCUCUCUUUGGGGCAGGAGCUAUGUUGGGGGAUGCUUUUCUACACCAAUUGCCCCAUGCUUUUGGUGGUGGUCACUCUCACUCUCAUGAUCACCAUGAGAGCCAUGGCCAUCAUGAUCAUGAUCAUUCUCAUUCGGAUUCGCCUUCACACUCACAUUCUAUACAAGAUCUGUCUGUUGGGUUGUCUGUUCUCGCUGGGAUUGUGGUCUUCCUUCUUGUGGAGAAGUUGGUGCGGUAUGUCGAAGAAAACUCGUCUGGGUCCAAUACUUGGGGCCAUCAUCACCACCACCACCAUGCAGGCAGUAAGAAACUGAAAGAUGAAGAUCAUAACAACGUGGACAAACAAUCUUCCUCUGAUGCAGCUUUAAAUUCAUCAGAGAAAGUCUCUAGCGACUCUAAGGAUGGAUCUCUCCGUAAGAGAAAGACUUCUGCGGUUGAUGCUGCUGAUAAAUCAGAUUCAGGCGCAGAAAUUACAUCUGAUGGGAAAUUGGACAAAUCAGAACAGGUGGAGACGCAUUCAAGCCUAGUCUUUGGUUACCUCAACUUGUUCUCUGAUGGUGUUCACAAUUUUACUGAUGGAAUGGCGUUAGGAAGUGCGUUUCUCAUCUACGGAUCAGUUGGUGGAUGGUCAAGAACUAUGUUUUUACUUGCCCACGAGCUUCCCCAAGAGAUAGGUGAUUUUGGGAUUCUAGUGAGGUCAGGCUUCACUGUAACAAAAGCACUCUUCUUCAACUUCCUCUCUGCACUCGUCGCACUUGCAGGAACUGCAUUGGUUUUGGUCUGGGGAAAUGAACCGGGACAGUCAUCGUUGAUUGAGGGAUUCACAGCGGGAGGAUUCAUAUACAUAGCUGUUGCUGGUGUUCUUGCGGAGAUGAACAACUCUGGAAAAUCGACACUAAAAAACAGUGCGUGUCAUUUGAUUUCUUUGAUUCUUGGCAUGAGCGUUGCCCUUGGCAUCUCUCUUCUUGAAUGAAUCUCUCACAACAAUAUUUUUUUUUGUAAACCGAUAUAGAGGUCCCAAGAACUUGGGUUACAAGAAUAUUAUACCCAGUUCUUAACUCUUUCAAUUGAAAACUAGACAUUUUUAUAAACACAAACUUAUGCU